AUUAAAAAAAAAAUGACGAAGUCUAUCUUUAGACCUAUCGUUAACCUACGUAGUUCAGAGAGGCAACCUGGACCAAGUGCGAUCCCCUAAAGAUUCCUCUUCCUCGUCCGAAAUAAGUGACCCGGACUUUUUUGAGGAGCAAAAUGCUUACAAAUCGGUCCCAUGGAGUACUGUAUUUAAUUACGUACCUCUUAAGUCACACUUCCCAAAGACAAGUCAUAAUUGUAUUUGAUGACUCUGUGUCAGACUUCUCAGACAUAGCAAGAUCAAUACAAGAAGCCAUGAUGGACAGCAUCCUCCUGAAUUACGAGGACGACCUAGCUGGCCUUGAAGUCGUUCUGAGGUCGACCUUGUACUCUGAGGAAAUGCGCAACGUGGUUCUCCUUUGUUCCCCUGGGCAUACGAUGAGCAUCUUCGACAAGGUCCGGAAAAGAUCCUUGGAAUCGCCUACACUCCGAUGGCUUGUCAUCGUGGAAGAGGAUAUAAGAUCGUCUCUGCAGCCCAUUUUACGUGAAGGAACUCAGGUAGCAAUGGCUGUCCGUAGCUCUGGGGCAAAAUACCUUCUCUUUUCUUCGGAAGUCGAAGCAGAUAACAAAAUUGGGUUCAAACCACAGGGGAUAUGGACACCCCCAGGAAGCCUAGGCUUGCCUCAGUCUAGGAACAUUUCGAUUUCCAUACCACUAAACUCACUGAAGAAAAGUAGUACUCCCUCCCCACGCGAGCAGAAUCCAGCUAUUGGAAAGACCAACAUUUCUCGACAACCUUUUCCUCCAAAGCCCGUAUUAUUCCCUUCUUUGAAAUCCCUCUACAAUGAUUUCCAAGGGCGCCACCUCAUCGUAUCAGUGGUCAGCAACAUUCCCUUCUUCAAACUACUGCGUCUGGACAAUGGAACAGCCGUUCCUGAGUAUGGGAGCGAUUUCCAAGUGAUACAGGCCCUUGGUCGUCGCUUGAAUUUCACAUAUGAAGUACAGGAACCGAGGGACGGUCGCUGGGGCGGGCCAGAACCUGAUGGAACUGUCAGUGGGAUGGUUGGAAUGGUGGCGAAUCACACCGCUCACAUGGCCAUUGACGAAAUCACCAUUAACGAGCAAAGAGAAUCUGUAGUCGACUUCACAACGCCUUAUUACUUAGAAGCUACCACGCUAGUGUCCAGGGCUCCAUCCAAGAAGGAUUCUACCUUCGCUGUUUUUCAGCCUUUCACGCAGUCGGUUUGGAUAUUCCUAAUCAUUAUGACAGCUGUCAUUGGCCCUAUCGUCUCUAUUAUCAAAAUAUGCUGUCACAACAUGCAGAUCGAUUACCUUACUCCUACCUUUGGAAACCUUUGGGGCGUUUCCAAUAUGAUGAGCCGGGACAAAGAUCAUCACCGCGAUGUCGAGAGGCCAACUGCUGACAAUUGUGAAUCACUAAACUCUUCAAAACUAGACUCAAAAACAUCUCAACACUCACAGCAAAACGAGAAACUAAAUGGUUUGCGAAACGUUUCAAAACCUUUCAAAAAAGAACCCAGAUAUCCCAAACAAACGUCAGAGAAAACCGAUUAUCAAAGUCAUCUGGCGUCAGAUUUUGAAUACUCGAGGAACCAACGGCAAGAGCUUCUUCUCGGCUACAGCUUCAACAUGGUAAGAAGCCUCGUUCUGCAAGGGAACAGGAUUGAGGAUAACGAUGACCCUGUCAGGAUUAUCCUGGUGUUCUGGUACGUUUUCUGCCUCGUCAUUUAUGCUUCGUACGCAGGGACAUUAACGGCCUUCCUGACAAUUCCGUCCUACGAGAAGGCCAUAGACUCGCUCCAGGAUCUCAAGAGAGCUUCUAAGGACGGCUUCGUUCCUGCGGUGCAAGCAGGAACCAGCAACGAGUAUUUCCUGAAGUCUGCCAAGUCGGGCAUUUUCAAAGAGCUAUGGGAUCUGACCGAUCCGGAAAGGAGUUUCCCACCGAACGGCAAAGUGGGCAUUGAACGGGUGUUGACUCAGAAGAUUGUCUACAUGUCAGCUAACCUGAACAGUGAAAUCAGGACCAGUCAGAAAGGCAGGGACCGCUUCUACCUAGCCCGUCAGACCUUCUUCCCACAAGGAUACGGCAUCGCCUGCAGGAGGGGCGCGCCCUACAUACAGAAGUUCGAUGAAGUCUUGGUCUCAAUGAUCCAAGCAGGUCUGGUCAACAAAUGGGUUAAAGACGAGGUUAUGAAGAUCCAGAGGUCAAGCCAGGGUCAGCGAGGUGACAGAGGUCAACAGAGUGAAUCACUGGCUCUGUCGCUUGAACAUCUGAAGGCAGCUUUCUUCCUCUUGCUGGUGGGCCUCUUGUUCUCAGCUGCUGCGCUUCUCUGCGAAAUUCGAAUACGGAAAAAGUAAUAUCCCAG